CUCCUAUAAAACCCACAGUUAAGGGUAAAGGGAUUUUACAGGAGGAGGAGUCCGUUGCAUCACUAAAAGAGGCAUCCGCUCGGGAGUCACAACAAGUGACGCAGCAAGUUCGUACCAUACCACCCACUGGUCCUCCGAAGCCAGCGGGAAAAAAAGGCGGUGCUUUUGUGCCUCGGUACCGGUCGACGCUCGCAACAAUGGUUGAUAUGUCCGAUUUGAAGGAUGGUGCUUUACGUGAAAUCGUUAUGGAUGAAAGUGUCUUCGGUAUUGAAUUCAAGUCACUUAUUACAAUUGAUGACUUGGAGGAGAUUUUUAAGCAUGAUCAACUAGGCGUCACUAACAUGCACUCAUACAUCCGGUUGUUGUAUGACAGAGUGUUGCGCGGGACUCCGUUGUCUAACAGAUUCCGUUUCGUGUCUUCCGCCCACUGCAGCGGAAUGGCAAUUGCUUCGGAACCGGAAUCAGUUAGACAGCGCUUAGUAGAUAGAUUCAUGUCCACCGGCAAUACAGAAAGUCUGCAUCUUUGGGCGUAUAAUACCCGACCAGUAGGAGCACACUGGUUGCUGCUUGCUAUCAACCCUAUAAGGGAAGUCGUGUAUUAUCUGAAUUCGGUAAAUGGUGAAUGGACCAAUUAUCCGGCCAUGAAGGACAUCGUUGAUUUGUAAGUGGGAUCGUUCUAAAUAUAUAUUCGUGUAUAUUUAUAUAUUUACUUAUUUGUGGGAUUGAUCUAAACAUAUGCUUUUAUAUAUUUGUUAAUUAGAUCAAUACAAGUGUUCCGAAGUCAACGGGACGCACAGGUAUCCCGAACUAAAUCUAACAACAUUACUUGGAUCCAAGUGCAGUGUCCGCAACAGCGAAACAGUUACGAUUGCGGAUACUUUGUUUUGAGGUAUAUGAAAGAAAUCCUUCAGGCGAAUCAAUUAGAGAUUCCGCUCACGUACCUUGACGAAUUCCGUGCUGCUGCGUACCCGAAGCUUAAGUUGGAAGAAAUCAAAGAAGAUUUGUGUCAAUUUUAUAUUAAGCGCUUUUUCAUGUAGGAUUUGUGUCGAUUUGAACUAUAAUAUUAUUGAUGUUGUAAUGAUGUAUAUAUAUAAUUUUGGAUAUUAUAAUGG